AUGUCGUUCUGUCGUGCCGAAGCAGACGAGCAAUUAUCAUUCGACCACCUUUGGAUGGCUCACUCGCAAUUCUUGAGCUAUACGACUGGCAUUAUGAGCAUAACCGAGACUAUUUUCUCUUCACUUUCGAGGAUGAGCCAGGCACUAUACGAUCAGUUUCUACAGGAGAGGGAGUGUAGGGAGCGCAUGGAGCGACCCCCUACAUUCGCGAGCGUACAGGCCAUAUUCUGCUCGGAGAGGAGAUCAGCCCUGCGGACCGGUGCAACAAUAUUCCCGAUCUCAACUCGAAACAGUGCUCUGGCAAUUGCAAUUCUUUUGUCGAGGGCGAAACCCGUCGCAAUCCUUGACUCCACGGAGCCUGCCUUGCAACAGCUCGCAGAUGAUCCUAUCAAGACCAGCGAAAGCGUUGAUCUGCGGAAGAUUGACAUGCUCACACCCAAUGAUUUCUUCCCUAUUAUAGGACCUGAUCCACUGUUCAAGCCUAUUCCAUCGGCAAGCCUGAACAUGGACUCGCGCGCUGUUAUCUAUCACUCUUCCGUUUCUGAGAAGUGGAUGUCUCGAGCACCAUUUUCGGUUGCCACUCCACUCCUCUGUUCCACGCUUUGGGUGCUCUUCUCAUUGCGUUCCCUCAUUGGAGUUUGUUUGGCUUUGUUUAAACCUCAGUCGCCCGCUAUUGUUCCAAAUUCAGUUAAGUUUUUCGAUGCCGCACCAGCUGCAAAGACGGACUAUUUAUUCAGUCCCCCUUCGUUUGUAGAGAUAUGGUCCCUGGUCGAUUACAUUAUUGAUGAGCUAUCGACGAUGAAGGGCGGUGUACGAUUUCAGGCUAUUAGCCUACUUGUUACAUGCCUUACCGUAUUUUGA